CCGCGCCGGCCGCGCCCGCGCCUGCUGGCCGGGCGGGCGGCGCGGCCGGCGCGUCUGCGCCGGUCGGACUUGUUUGCGCCGAGGACGAGGAGCCGGAAGGGGUAUUGACGACCGCUAUAGUUGACGUGCGAGCUGCAAACUCUAAUAUUUAUCCCGUACGUAUUAUGCUUGAUUGUGGUAGUACCUCUAAUUUUAUUACUGAAAGGUUGUGCAAACAGUUGAAUUUGGAAACAAAAGACGUUUUUAUUUCAAUUACAGGACUAAACGAACAUGAAUCUAUUUUAAAUAAAACUUGUACGGUUAACAUAAAAUCAAAAUACAAUGAUUACUCCAUGGAGCUAAAAUGUACCGUCAUACCUGUAAUAACUAGGCCCUGGCCAUGCGAACCUAUUGAUUUUGAAGCCUUCAAUAUACCCAAAAACAUCACGUUGGCAGAUCCCACUUUUUACGAAAAAUCAAAUAUUGACCUUUUACUAGGAAACAAGGUGUUUUGGGGUUUAUUGGGCUCAGAACAAAUCGAAUUAGAUAAUACAAAUUUAAUUUUGCAUGAAACCAAAUUUGGUUGGGUUCUAGGCGGUUCAGUACCAGGCAUGGCGGACAUAUGCGGGUUUGCACACGCACAAACUAUUACAAAUGCACAAUUGCAAGAUAAAAAUAACAUGGAAAACUGCACUAUACAAAAACAAUUAGCGCGCUUUUGGGAACUAGAUUCUAUAAAAAAUGAUUUUACCUCCUUGAGUGUCGAAGAAAUGGAAUGUGAACAAAGUUUUGUACAAAACACGACACGUUUACCUGACGGUCGAUUUUUACUUACCAUUCCACUCAAGGAGUCGCCUAGCCUAUUAGGUGAUAGCUACUGUUUAGCAAAACAAAGAUUUCUUUCUUUAGAAAAUAAAUUACAAAGAGAUCCUAUUUUAAAACAAUCGUACACAAAGUUUAUUCAUGAAUAUGUACAAUUAGGUCACAUGAGUGAAUCACAUUACGAUAGGUCGCAAAUUACCUAUUUUGCGCCACAUUUUGCCGUGUUGAAAAGCGACAGUAUUACUAGCAAGUUAAGAGUCGUUUUUGACUGUUCAGCAAAGUCGUCAUCUGGCUAUUCCUUUAAUGAUUUGCAGAAAGUAGGCCCUACUAUACAAGAUGAUUUGUUUUCAAUUUUAAUGCGUUUUAGACAACAUGACGUGGCUUUGACUGCUGAUGUGGCAAAAAUGUAUCGCCAGUGCAACGUCGUUGAAUCACAACGGCCUCUGCAACAAAUAUUGUGGAGGGACGACCCCUCCCAGCCUAUAAAAACAUUUCAAUUAAAUACCGUGACUUAUGGUACAUCGUCAGCGGCUUUCUUGGCCGUCCGCUGUUUGCGGCAAUUAUCGAUUGAAUGCGAUGAUCCCGUUAUUAAAGAAAUUAUAGCUAGGGACUUUUACGUUGAUGACCUUAUAUCCGGGUGCUCCUCAACAGAGGGCGCCACUAGGAUCUACACAAAACUUACAGAAACCUUGAAUAGUGCUUGUUUUCCACUUCGAAAAUGGAGAUCAAACGAUACUAGCGUGCUCCAAAAUAUAGCUAAUGACAAGACUGAUGGCGCCGAAGGAAACCUGGACCUAUGUCCUGAGCAUAGUUCCAAGGUUUUAGGCAUUACAUGGAACAGCGUAUCCGAUAACUUGUGCAUCACAACCAAUGUAGACCUGAAAGGCUCUGUCACUAAGCGAAACAUUUUGUCAACUAUUUCUAAAAUAUUUGACCCUUUGGGUCUAGUAGCACCUACUAUUUUAGAAGCCAAGUACAAGUCCCCAGACACGCUAUUUGUCACGGUCCUGUCAAUUUACAACUACAUAUUUUCGUAGAUGCGUCUGAAGCAGCCUAUGGCGCUUGCGCAUACGUGCGCUCCGUGAACGAGAACAACGAAGUAGCUGUCAACUUGCUGUGCUCGAAGGGGAAAGUAGCCCCACUAAAACCACUAACUACCCCUCGAUUGGAAUUAUGCGCAGCCCUACAAGGUUCUAGGUUGCUGGACAAAAUUUUGAAUUCCAUGAGACUACAAUUUGACAGCUGCUUUCUGUGGUCUGACUCAACUAUAGUACUAGGUUGGUUGAGCAUGCAUCCAAGUAAGUUGCAAACAUUUAUUCGUAACAGAAUUGCCGAGAUACAGUCCACUUGUGCUAACCAUACUUGGAGACAUGUUCCAACCAACGAAAAUCCCGCAGACCACAUUUCACGUGGAUUGACAGCCAACGAAAUAGUGCACAACAAGUUAUGGUGGAACGGUCCACAAUUUUUAUCACAGCCAGAGCACGCAUGGCCUCAACUAAAAUUAAAAUUAAAUACUAAUAACUUACCAGAAGUUAAAACUCAAAACACAUGCCUGGUAGUCAAUUCUGGCACUGAUGAGCCGUUUCCCUUCAGUAAAUUCUCAGACUUGAAGCGCAUGCAACGUAUCUUUGCUUACAUGGCGCGAUUCAUUCAUAACGCGCGCUUUAAGAAUGAUAAGAGAAGCGGCCCACUCAGCGCUGAGGAAUUAGACUAUGCGCUAAAAAAGUUAAUACUAAUAUCACAAAAGGAAUCGUUUCCUACAGAAUAUGACAAGUUAAAAUCGGGAACUUCCAUUAAAAAAUCUACGAUUUCGUCACUGAACCCGUACAUAGACACAAACGACCUUGACUUAAUUAGGGUAGGUGGCAGAUUGUCGAAUUCGGAUUACGAAUAUGAUAAGGUUCAUCCGAUUCUACUAAGCAAAAAUCAUCGUAUAACUAAAUUGUUAUUCGAAUGUCAACACAAAGCUCUCAUGCACGCCGGUCCCCAGCACUUGCUUUAUUCAAUCAGGGAACGGUAUUGGCCUAUUGGGGGGCGCGGUAUCGCGAGGUCGAUUUCACACCAAUGUGUGACUUGCCGUCGUUUUGGUGGUCGUACCGUAACUCCAAUCAUGGGCAACCUACCCAAACAAAGACUUCAACCGGGCUCUCCUUUUUUAGAAGUCAAUGUUGACUACGCGGGGCCUGUAAUGAUGGCCAAUCGCAGAGGGCGUGGUUGUCGUCUCAUAAAGGCCUACAUUUGUAUCUUUGUGUGCUGCAAAACCAAGGCCAUACAUAUCGAGCUGGUGGGCGACCUGAGCACAGCUAACUUUAUUGCCGCUCUCAAGAGGUUUAUUGCUCGCAGAGGGAAACCUUUAGAUAUUUUUUGCGACAAUGGCUCAAAUUUUGUAGGCGCUGCUAAUGAGCUCAAAUCUUUUAUUGCACAAAAUGCUACUCACAUUUCUGACGCUAUAACCUCAGAAUCAAUAAAUUUUCAUUUUUUGCCUCCACAUGCGCCACACUUCGGUGGAUUACACGAAGCCGGUGUUCGCUCUAUAAAACAUCAUUUACGCCGCGUACUAGGAUCGGCUAAUCUAGUUUAUGAGGAUUUGUAUUCAACACUGACUUACAUUGAGGCACUUUUAAAUUCCCGACCCUUGACCCCACUUAGCUCGGACCAAAAUGACUUAUUGCCACUCACACCUGGCCACUUCAUCAUCGGGCGAAGUAUGACGGCGAUCCCAGAAGAAGACCUUACUUCACGCACCAGAUUAGUGGACAGAUACCAGAAGAUUCAACAGCUUCGCCAGCACUUCUGGGCACGUUGGCAACUAGAAUAUAUAAGUGAGCUUCAGAUCCGAACUAAAUGGAGGCAGUCGACGAACGGGCAACUAGAGAUUGGGACCCUCGUCGUUAUCAAAGAUAAGCAACAACCUCCAAUAAAAUGGCUCCUGGGGAGAAUACAACGAGUCUUCCCAGGGCGCGACGGCGUUACCAGAGUCGCAGAGAUUCAAACUGCCACUGGAUUGCUGCGCAGAGACUUUACCAAGAUCUGCCCCUUACCCGUGGACACUACAGUUGAAGACGACACUUCAAGGUCCGCCGGCAUGUCGCGUACCACUCCAACAGGGCGACCGCGGGGUGAGGUGACUGCGGGGAGCAGCCAUCUUCGGGAUGGACUUACUUACUAGCCACCGCGGCCAUGACUCGGCUCUUUACAUUUUUGUAUUUUUUUUUAUAAUUAAAAUCAUAGUAACAAU